UCAAUUCCUGCUACACAUUGUUUCUGAGAAAUGUCACAACAGAAUGCGCUUCUGUGUGUGUUUUCUAUCGUUUUAAGCCUUUGCUUUGUUGGGAAUGCUAGUAUUGUGUAAUUACCGGCGCUAAACCUCGGCUUUUACCAUUUACACCCGUUUUUGUCGAAAUUUCCAUGGCUGAAUUGAGGGGACUGAGUUGCUCUGUGUGUUACAACGACUUCAAGUCAGAUGAAGUGCAGUUCGUUCCCAGAAAUCUAAUCUGCGGACACACAUACUGUACAGGAUGUUUGAACAAGUUAGCUUUUCAAGCCCGAAAUCCUGGUACAAUCUGUUGUCCAACAUGUAAAAUCGAGACCACUUUGUUUCCAAGGACUUUUGAGUCUGUGAGAAAUCUACCUAAAAACUUUGGAGUGCUUGAGAUUCUUGAAGGGAAAGAAGAAGCUCAAACUGAUGGAAUAUCAAAGGAGAAGGAGAAUAAUAAAUAUCUCUGUCCAGAACACGACGAAGCUCUGAAGGUUUACUGUCAUACUGAUAAUUGUCUUAUCUGCAUUUACUGCCAGGUGUAUGGCAAGCACAUGGGACACAAAUGUGAACUUGCCACCAGCAUUGCUACAACAACUCGUGAAGAGCUUCGCAGCUUGUCCAAGAAAUUGGGUGAUCAUUAUGACACAGUGAAGAAAGCUAGAAGAAACGUGAUUGAUACAAGGGAGUCCAUACUGAACACUCAACAGUAUUUGCGAGACAGGAUUAUGAAACAUAUGGGAGUGCUGCGAGCUUGCAUGAGUCGACGGGAAACUGUGCUGAAGUGUGACGUUGAUGACAGGACAAAACAGAAGAUCAAACCUUUGGAUGAACAAGAAAGCAUGAUGACUGAAAUUGUGAAUAAGUGUGAAACAGCAUAUUCUCUGAUCCAGAAAUGUCAGAAUAAUGACAGUGCUUUAGUGGAUGAGAAGCGCCGUAUCUAUGGACUUGUUGAUGAAGUUUGUGAUCUGAUGGAAAAGGUUGUUUUGGAGCCCAAGGAAACAAGCAAUCUAACUUAUUACUUUGAGUAUGAUAUCACUUGCAUUCUGGAGACACAGAUUGGGGAAAUCAGAGUCCUAAAGCCAGGCCAGAAAGAGGAGCCUCUGGCUGGGCUGAACAAACAUGAACUGUCAGGGAAAAAAGAAAUGUAUGAUGCUGAGACACAGACAGAAGAUCUUCAGGAAAAUGGUGAAAACCCCCUGUUUCAAAGCCUAUUGCAAGGAUUGGAGGAAAUUGUUCACACACGUUUGACGCAACCAAGAUGGGAUGAAAGUCCAGCUCCUGGGUUACCUGUGUUCGAACCUGAAAGUCCUGACCACAGUAGCUCAGAGUCAGGUCUAAAUGAGUUGGGUGGGACCUCAGACCAUUCAGAUGCAGAGGAAAUAGAGAGUGAUACUGAGCUUGAGGGAGCAGUGGGUGGGGAGACUUUGCCUAGCAGCCACAGUGAAGAAUUGAGAGAUUCAAGAAAUUCGGAAGAGAACCAAACAAGUUUGCUUGAUGAAUUACAGGAUGAAAUUGAUAGACUUCGACUUCUCAGUCCCAAUGGUGAUGUAGUUUCCCUGAGAAAUGGAGGUACUGGAGUAAAUACUGAUACAACAAAUUCAGAAGGUGUUGAUACUAAUAACAGGAGACAAUCAACUUCAAGUGAUGAAUGGAGUUUAACGCCCCCAGCAAAUCAGGGGGGACCUCUCAGCUUAGACAGCACCUUACUUCUCCCUGGGCAAAGACUGAUGUCCACCGAUGGGUUUAGAAGUCUGGACAGUCAGCAGUGUGUUACUAGGGACAGAACUCAUUGUUUUGCUGCCGACUGUCAGAACCCUACAGCACGUGCAUCAAAAAGGUGCCUACACUGUCGGCAUUUUUACUGUGUAACUUGUGCAUCCUUGUCACUCAUGUGCCCAGAGAGUCCAAGUGGACAUCGAUUUGUGUCAAGCAUGCUUACAACCAGGGGUAGAGAACAACCAAGGACUAGUAGCAGGGUAAGGAAAAGGAAGCCAAAGAAAGAGGAAGGGCCCCCCUGGGAAUGCAAGCAGUGUACCAUGAUAAACGGACCACAAGUGCUGGUAUGCCUGGGGUGUGACACCUUGCGAGAGGUAGAUGCUCAAGAAGGGCGCAAUGUGUGUCCCAUGUGUACCUUGGUUAAUGAGCCUGGUAAGACAAAGUGUGAACUGUGUGACACAGAGCUGGUCAGUCAAGCACAAGCUGACGAGGCAGACACUGAGGAGUCCUAACUAAAUGCAUGUCACUUCCACUCUUGAAGUGAUUUGCUCUUAGGAAGUAAAUCAUAGUAUUCUACAUAGGAAAAAUAAGUGGUCUCAGCCAGUAUCUAAGCUACUACACGCCAACCCCUCCCCUAACACAAUAUUAACCCUAACUUGUAAUCAGUGGACUGUUGUUGGGUUAGGGGAGGGGGAGGUAGGUUAGUUGCUCAGAUACCAACAUUGAUCCAAAUAAUUAUCACAAAGUGGUGAUUUUUUAAGGGAUAAUCUUGGGAUUUAUUUUGCUCAGAUACUGCAUGAAGCAAGAUCGUAACUGGACAAACAAUUUGCCGUAUGUCUCAAGAAACACAAACAUGUUCUGUUGUUCCUCUAACACUCAUUUUGACUGCCAAAGUUUUUUUUUGUUAAAAGUGUGUUAUAUUUUUAUACCCCUUGGAAACAUUUGAAGUCAUCUCUACUUUCUUUGAGCAAUGUAAACACGUGAAGCAAGACAAGAUUGCCAAUGUUCAAAUGUGUCUUAAAUUUUUUUCCUAUUUCAUUCAGUGUAUUUCAAUGGUAGAGCUCAUUUGGAGUAAAUCCUUUGUAAAACUCUGCUGCAUAAGGUGCAGUGUGGUUUGACUAAUGUGUUACCUGGUGGAAUAAUUUCUUGUCAAAAAUAUGGACAAAAAUGUUUAUAGUAGUCUUCAAGAAGGUGUAGACAGAAUACACAAACUAAUCUACUUGUGUAGUUAAAGUGAUAAAAUUUUUGGCCCUAAAAGGUAGAUUUUUCUUUGUAAUCAGUAAUAACAUCAGGAAAAUUUGUGUGGAGUUCUCUGUAAAUAAAUUUCAGUGUAACAAUAUAGUCUGUUGGAGAACAAUGUACAAUAAAGGAAAA